GAAUCCCCUUCACAUGUUCUCGAGACUUCCUUUCCUCUUCGUCAUAAGCGGAGAGCAGCCACCGUUGGUUACUCCUCUUCGAUCCUUCCAUCGCACCACCCACUUCCUCUCUCUCCUUCCCGAUGGCCGCCACCGUCCUCGAGUCGUUCGCGGUUACCCGUCCUCCUCAUGGCGUGGCUCCCGCGUCUGCGCCUAGGGCGGCGGCCGUGGCCUACGUUCCCUCGCCACUCGGCCGCUGCGGGUUGGGGCUGCUUCCCCGGUUCACGGGCCUCAGGUGCGCUUCCCUUUCCCCGAGCCCGAGGGUCAAGCCGGCUGCAGCGGCGCCGAGAUCGAGGGGAGCCGUGGUCUGUGAGGCACAGAAGACGGCAGUCCAGCUUCCAGAAGUGACAAAAUCGACAUGGCAAUCACUUGUACUAGACUCCAGUGUACCAGUUCUAAUUGACUUUUGGGCUCCAUGGUGUGGGCCAUGUAGAAUGAUCGAGCCAACCGUUGUCAAAUUGGCAAAAGCUUACGAAGGAAAGCUUAAGUGCUAUAAGCUCAACACUGAUGAAAGCCCUGACAUUGCAACUCAAUAUGGGAUUCGAAGCAUCCCAACUAUGAUGAUCUUCAAAAAUGGUGAGAAGAAAGAUGCUGUUAUUGGAGCUGUGCCAGAGAGUACCCUGGUCGCAUCUAUUGAAAAGUUUGUCUAGAGUAGCUGUGCCAUCGGAGGUUGGGUUAGUUCAUCAUCUAUGUACAAGUAGCUGUGCCAUCGGAGGAUGCACAGAAGAAAUGGAUGCCCAGUUUUGCUAUCUAUGAUUGGGAUCUUGACAAAGUCAUAUAUUUCUGUAAUUUUGAAGGAAGAUAAGCAACAUUCAGGUGAACACUCACUGGCAACUCAGGUGAAAUUGAUGAUGAGAAGCAUCAAAUUCCCAUGCGUCAAAGAGUUUAGUUGGUGAAUCUUUCGUCCUCUUUGGUAGAAGGAUGAUGCUCGAGCUGCUACAUCUUUUGAGUGUAGGUUGACUAUAAAUAGAGGAUCCUUCAAUAGCAAAUUGGGUUUGACUCUCUCUCUCCUCCUCA